GGAUGAGGAAACAGCCGGGCAGCUCCCGGGGAAGAUGCGCGGAGAGAAACUGCUAAUGGUAAAUAUUUUAUUUUGCGCAGAACCUCGACGCUUUCGAAAUAAAUAUAUCUAAAAGGAGCUGGUGCGGACUUUCUCCACAAGACUCAGAGCCCUGCUUGUUUGAGAGUGACGUCAUCAAGUGAUGCAGUUUGGAUAAGAAGACAAGUACUGAUUCAUUUCCUUUCAUAUAUUAGACUGGUAAAGGACACAGGUGAAGAUAAUACACAGUGCUCUGGAGGUGUUACACUGUAGCACAGCUACAGAUUUCCUAUCCAAGCAUUUCACAGGCAAUGUCAGGCCUUUCUUAGAUGCUCUUGUCUCACCUUAGCAAUAUAUAUUGACGCUUCCCAAUGUUCAGUUCAGACAGACUCAGUGUCCCUGAGAGGGUCAGCCGGUUUCAGCCACGUAGAUUUACCUCUGACCCCCGAGCUGUUUCGCCAGGCCUUCAUGCCGAUGUCCAGGCCGUGUUAGACAUCUCACUUCCAGCACUGCGGACUGCUGUGAAAACACUCAAAUCCUCCAAAGAUGCCGGGGAUGUGCCAAGGACUCGUCAGGCUAUCGCCGAAAUAUUCCAGCUUGUUGAGGAGGCCUGGGUUUUGCCUGCGGUUGGUCGGCAAGUGGCAGAGCAGAUCUGCAACAGAAUACGACUGGAUGGAGGUCUGGAGUCAUUACUGCAACUGCUGCAGACACCUGCUGAGGAUGUCACAUAUGAGUCCGCCAAGCUGCUUGAGCAGAUUCUUAUCUCAGAGAACAGAGACUAUGUAGCACGCAUGGGCCUUGGUGUGAUCCUGAACCUGACCCGCGAGCAUGAUGACGCCCAGCUUGCGCGGAGCAUCUCGGGCAUUCUGGAGCACAUGUUCAAGCACACGGAGGAGACCUCGAUCCAGCUCAUUGGAGACGGAGCCCUGGACGCGUUGCUGUUCUGGUGUCGCGGUACAGAUCCUACUGUGCUCCGUCACUGUGCCGUGGCUCUAGCCAACUGUGCCAUGUAUGGUGGUCACUGCUGCCAGCGUCUGAUGAUCGAAAAGCAGGCAGCAGAGUGGCUUUUCCCACUAGCCUUUUCUAAAGAGGAUGAGCUGAUCCGCUUCUAUGCGUGCUUGGCUGUGGCUGUGCUGGCUGCUAACAGGGAGCUGGAGGCUGAGGUGGUAAAGUCAGGCACACUGGAGCUAGUGGAGCCGUUCAUCGCCUCUCUCGACCCGGAUGAGUUUGCACGCAGCUUGCAGGACAGUGCUGACAGCGUUCAGGGACGCACUGCUGCCGACUUGCAGCACCUGUUGCCCCUACUGGAUGGGACGCGGCUUGAGGGCAAGUGCAUCGCUGCUUUCUAUCUUUGUGUAGAGAGUGGCAUCAAGUUCCGGCAGCACAACACCAAGAUAUUUCAGGAGAUUGGGGCGGUUCAGAGCUUAAAGAGGAUUGUCAUGUACUCAAGCAACGCCACCACGCUCUCUCUGGCCAAAAGAACCCUGAGGACGAUGGGUGAAGACGUUCCACGCCGCAUACUCUCCUCCGUUCCUAAUUGGAAAACGGUGGAGGUACAAACAUGGCUGCACCAGAUUGGCUUUAGUGCCUUCAGUGAUCGAUUUCAGGAGCUGCAGGUGGAUGGAGACCUGCUACUUAACAUCACUGAGGAGAACCUGAUGAAUGACCUAGCCAUGACCUUUGGCAUCACUCGCAAAAGGUUUAUGCGAGACCUGCGGGUACUGAAGACCUAUGCUAACUACUCCAUGUGUGACCCUAAUAAUCUGGCCGACUGGUUGGCAGAUGUGGACCCACGGUUCCGUCAGUAUACCUACAGUAUGGUGCAGUCCGGUGUGGAUCGUAACAACCUCCUCCAGAUAACGGAUGAGCAGCUGCAGCAGGACUGCCUUAUAGAGAACGGAAUCCACAGGGCUCAGAUCCUCGCUGCUGUUCGCCGGCCUGCCAGGCCCUGCUUCCCUGACUCACAGAGCACAGGUCCAGAUGUGUUCAUCAGCUACCGACGCACCACUGGAUCUCAACUUGCCAGUCUGCUGAAGGUGCACUUGCAGGUGCGUGGCUUCAGCGUUUUCAUCGAUGUGGAGAAACUGGAGGCAGGCAAAUUUGAGGAGAAGCUGAUAACCAGUGUGCAGAAAGCACGUAAUUUCAUCUUGGUGCUGUCAGCCAACGCUCUGGACAAAUGCAUGGGUGACACCGGCAUGAAAGACUGGGUUCAUAAGGAGAUUGUCACCGCCCUCAAAGGGAAGAAGAACAUUGUCCCUGUCACUGACAACUUUCAGUGGCCUGAUCCCAACUCUCUUCCUGAGGACAUGCAAGCCGUUCUCAAGUUUAACGGCAUCAAGUGGUCCCACGAGUAUCAGGAAGCCUCAAUAGAAAAGAUUCUUCGCUUCCUGAAGGCAGGUCCGAGUCAAGAGCAACUGGACAGCUCAAAGACCUGCAUGGAACCAGAGCAGAACACUCUUCCUAACGCUCUUCCUACCGCUCACCAAUACUGAGCUUUCCCACUGAUCAAAUGCCUACCUAGUCAGGGAAGGAACCAUAUUACAAACCUCUGAUAGACCCAGUUCUAUUACUGUAAGCAGUAUCAUAUUAAAAUAAGUGACACCUGGAAGAAAUACUGCCACUGGAAAGGUACAUCAACUGUAAUCCCUUGAUCAUUAAUAUGUCACCAAAAGCUAACACUCAGUGCUUAAUCACUCAGGAAUACAAAUACAGUGUCCGUUCCCAACCAUAUCUACUGUAUGUGAGCAACUGUGUGUUACUUUUCAUUAUAAAUGAUGUUACUAAUUCCCUUUAAAUUCAGAGAUGUCAAAAUCAUAAUGGUACGGUGGUUCACUUACUUGAAUUGUUUCUUGUACUGAAUAUAAAAAAUAAUUAGGGCAUUACUGCUGAACAUAUGACUGCUAAAUAAUGUAUAAAAAACAGUGCUACAGUACUAUACCUGAUAUAAUUAGCAUGAAACCCUGUAACUUUCCUUUUUGUUAUACACUUUAUAUACACCUUUGCAAGUACUGGGUAAAUUCUAACAUGCAAAGAAACCUGUACGAGCUCUCUAACACACUCCUAAUUCACAAUAAGCGUACAGCGGAUACUUGACACGGAGCUAGCUGCAAAAAUCACACACAGUAUUGCAAAUUAGAUAUUGUCACCAAAGCUCAUCGUUGGCAAACGUCUAUAUUUGUUACCUACUUACAACAUACACUUUACACACCAUAAUCCAAUAAGCUGUUAAACCCUCACAAAAUCAAUGAUCUUCACAUCACCUACAGUGUUAAUAGCUUUACCCUCUUCUGGGCUUAUGCCUGCUGCCUUAAUAUUUAAAGAUCAAGUUUAUAUAUUAAAUGUAUGUUUGCAGCAGAGAGAACAGGCCAAGUGACCAUGAAAGAAGUGUACGAUAUUAACUUUCUGUUCAGAAAUAAUUGGCAAUAAAUUUUCUUUUUCAAAAACAUCCCUUUGUUUGUUUCCAGACCCAAGUUCUUCUAGAUCUAGUUUCUUUUAGACCCAGUGUGGUCAAACCUUCAUUUCCACAUUAUCAACAUAGUGUCCUAUUUGUACUUAUUGCGAACAGCAUUUUUGCUCAGUAACACCUUCCCUCCUCUGAACUGGAUACAAGUCUGUACUGAACAAAUAGGACAAGAAAUCAAAAUGGCAGAUAAUCAUGAUCCAUGUUGUUUCCUUAAGAACAUCCCCAGUGAGAGCUGACCUUUGUGUGUGUUUUCAUGGAGACCUGUGUCCUGUGCUGUGACUGUAGCUGAUAUCUGAGUCUCCUUAAGGGACUUGUUGCAGGCCUUGCACUCAGACCCCAUGUAACUCUGUAACCCUAGACUACUGCUACAGCUCUGUUAUGCUGUUCAUGAGCCAGUGACUUCAUAUCAUGUGGAAUACUGGGUGAUAUGUAAGCAAUAAAAUAAAAAUGGAGAUUGAAAAUAAUCCAUGAUGGGGUGGUGUGUUUACAGUUAGACAAAGCGUGUGGAUACAUGUGUUUCAAUUUGUGCAUUGUCAUGCUGAAACAGGUUUGGAU